AUGGCGACACCCAAUCGCAACGAUGAUAUUCCGACUAUCGAAGAGUUAUCCGAAAUCCAGAUUGCUGAUAUUCAUAACACUGUUAGUCUUUUCACUGUUUUCUGUUUCCUAAUUCUGUCUGCUUCUGAAAUUAGACUAAUUAGCGUAAAUCUUAAAUUUUAGGAAAAGAAACACGAAAUGAGGCAGAAGGCUUACUCUCUGCCUGAACGACGAACGGCCCAUCAUGAUAGCAAGAAACAAUCGCGUUUCGGCACUAUCAAACAAUCUGUGAAACGACAAAUUUCUGGAAGUAUUAGGAGGUACGGCCUGAAAAUAUUUUCACGUUUUUGCAUCUAAUUGGAUGUUUUCUGAAAACUUUAAACGUUUUGUACUCAUGUCUUGUUUUUUGAAAAUUAUGUCUGAUUCAACAAAAAUGGAACAGUAUUUUAAGUUCCAACAGAAAAAAGAGACUAAAAUGUUACCUAGACUGAGUAAUUUCAGUAUUGGAGCGUAUGCUGGAAGAAUAGCAAAGCCAGCGAAUGCGUACUUCCGCUGGAAUUUGCUUUUCACGUUCCUCAUAUUCUUCUUUAUCACAUCAGCCAUUUGGAUUCCAGUGAUUCCUGCGCUCAAUGUAAGAAAGUUGACUAGUAAACCGAAUAUUGAACAGAAACGUUUAGGAUUUUGCGCUGGAAAUCGUGACAAUCAUCUCAAUCAUUCUGCAUUCGCUGUGGAUUAUUGCAAUCAUCAACGCUUUGAGAUACACUUGGAGGCUCAGAAGAUUUGCCAGCCAUGAAAUCAGACUUGACUUGGUAAAUUAAACACUUUUUGAUUAUUUUAUAGUCAACUUAUUAUUGUAGAUCAAAAACGAAGCUGGAAUCAAAGUGAAACAUCUGGUGGGUCUUUGUGUUUACAAGGAACCGCUGGAUUUGCUCAUGGAUACGAUCGACAGUAUCGCUUCGCAGCCGAAUGCCAAAGAAAAGAUCUCGUGUCUGGUGGGAAUGGAAGGCGGGACUCCUGACAAGGAAGAGGUGGGUGUUCUGCUCACGACAAGCAACAAAUUGUCAUUUCGUUUAGAAAAAGCGAAUCCUCGACGACAAAUACGGGCCAAAGUUUGAGCGGUUCAUUGUCACAUUCCACCCCCGUGGUCUGCCCGGAGACAUUCCAGGUAAACAGACCGGCAGUAGUAGUGCAGUAAUUGUUUGAUUUUCCAGGAAAAUGCUCUAAUUUCAACUACGCGGCAAGAACUGCGGUCAAAAUGUUGCGAGCUGACAAGAACUAUCCACUUGAAGAGUACGAUAACAACGUCGAGCUGAUUGUGACCACCGGAGAUUGCGACAGUGUCUUCGGAGACAGAUACUUUGACGCUUUGGAAGAGGACUACUGGAAGCUUUCGGCAAAACAGAGAUCCUACACUGUCUGGCAAUCACCUCUUUUCUACUGCAUCAACUUGGACCAAUCCCCGUUCUUCGUCAGAGUUACCGGACUGCUCAGAGCCUUCUUCAUGAUGGGAUACCUCAUCCCGUGGAACAUUAACACCAUGAGCAUCUUCUCGCUGACUCUCAAACUUUUCGAGGAAGGAGAGUACACCCAUCCAGGAUAUCAAAUGGACGACAUCAUCGCUCUGAUCAGAUGGUCACUGGCUGUUCGCAGAAAGUGUGUUAUCCGUGCAAUCCCAGUGGCAACUCUGUCCGGACCAACUAGCGGUACGAAAGGGAAGUAACGUUUUUUUAUAAGUCUAGAUUGUUUUAGGAAAGAAUUACGUCGAUGAGUGGUACGAGUGGGCCCGACAGAUCAGAAGAUGGACCAUCGGAGCUGCUGAAGUGUUUCAUUACUUUGCCAUCAAGUUCUUCCGUCUGCCAGUCUCAGUUUCCAUCUCAUUCGCUGCCAAGUUCGUCUUCUACUACGGUUUCCUGCUCUGCAUCGCCUCUGUCUACACUAUCGUCGCUCCUCUUGUGGUACACUGACCACUCAAACAUCACUUUCAAUACCUCGUCGUUCUUUCAGACCCCUGUCAUGUUAAAGGCAGUUGACCACGGUGUGCACGGACUGGUUAUUCCGAACAACAAAGUUUUCAUGAUCAUCAUGUUCGGCUUCCUGGGACUCCAGUAUAUCUGGUUCUUCCUUGUUUUCCUCAUCAACUACCUCUGUCAACCGGUAAUAUCCGUCAAAAUGACCUCUCCCGUUACAAUAGGUGCAUUCAGGUGUUCCCCCGACAGACCAAAGACAAGACCGGUAUUAUCCGCAACAUUUUCCAUUGGUUGAUGACAUGGCCGACCCUGGUGAUGUACUGCUGUGUGGAAUUAGUUGCCUUUUUAGAGGUGGAUGCUUUCGGCCAGCAAUUAAAAUAAUUACCAACUACUUUACAGGUUACGGUUCGCGGCAAAUCCGUUUGUUCGCAUAAUGCAUCGAAGAAGGACAAUCUGGUCGCCCCAGUGCCCAGCAAACAACCGGAUCGAAUGGAAGUGUGA